AUGGUAUUUAAGCAAUGGCUACUGCAGAUCAACAUUUCCCUCUCAGCAUUGAUUCUUCUGCCGGGAAGCCAGCAGAGCCAUUUCUCCUGGGCACCGGCGGCAACGUUUGCAAUCCUGGCUUCUUGGGGCCUGACGGGGGUGUUCCUCGCCUUUCUUCACAAGCGAUAUCUUCUAGAGUAUUUUCAGAAACCCUCAACGAAUGAUACUCUAUCCACUGCAAGUUUGGUUGCCAUUCGUAAUGAUGCUGCAGACUUCGCUCGCAGAGGCGAUCUUACUUCUACCGUUGGCCACAACAGCCGCCAUGAUCUUUUUGGCGGCGCAGAGGAACGAUGGAGCUCCCGACGACGACAAUCUGGGACUACCCAUUCCCGUUCCUGGACGGCGCCGAUGGCGGUUUCGCCCAGUAAUCAUGCUGCCGGAUGCGCAGAAUCAGUGACAACAGCCAAGGUAUCGUCCCUUUUUACCCGCAAGAGCUCCGACGACGAAAUGCAAACUUGGCCGUUGCGAGGGUAUUGCUGGAGUCGAAAUUGCAUUGCAACAAACGAAUCACGGCCAGCCAGCCAGCAUCCUACCGCAACUCCCGCACUGCGGCGGUUGGCACCCAAGUAUGCGAUGCCCGCACGAAUGUGGCGACACGGCAUUCAUUCUUUUCUUGAGCUACUUCGACAAGGCCUGCCUGCUCCGAUGGAGCAUAUGCUUGCCGUUAUCUACCUGGCUUACCAUAUGAUGGCUCUCCUCUACGAGACAGUGCCCGCCUUUGAAGAUGCAUGGAGCGAGUGCCUGGGAGAUCUUUCCAGAUACCGAAUGGCCAUUGAGGAUGAUGAUAUCCGCGGUCCCAACUACCAGGCGGCUGUAUCACCAUCUUGCUAUAUUGACUCGGCCGAACGCUCUUCAGCAGCUCUUUUAUUACACCAUGUCGUCGACCAAAUGCCUUGA